GAAGCUAUUCGGGCAGGGUCCGGACGGCCUCGGAAGGGACUGGAAUCCGGCGCCAUCCGCCUCUUCGCCCCAGUACCUCGCCGCCUGACGCACGCGUGCUGACGGCGCGGGGAACGGGGACAGCUUCUCCCGCACACAGCUCGCGGCCGGCCACUGCGGAGAUGCCGGGCCAGGGCCCAGGGUCCGACUGGACCGAGAGCCCCUCUUCCUCAGGGCCGCCCGCAGCGGCCGGGACCGAGGGCGGCGGCGGCGGAUCAGCUGGACAUUCUUAUUACCAGAAUUCUAAAGGUACUGAUAGAAUCAAAGAUGGACACAAAGUGGACUCACACAUAGCCAAGCUACAAGAGCAUCCAGACCUCACUGUAAUCCAGAAGCGUUAUCUGUGCAGUAUUGCUAAGAUGUACAAUGCAAACUAUCUGAAGGUGUUAAUGAAGAGGCAGUAUAUGCAUGUGAUUCAGCGCAACUCACCAAAGCCAGGUGUCCUCACUCAUCACAGGAGCCGCCUCAGCUCUCAUUACUCACAGAAACAGCAUUAUCCCUGUACUACAUGGCGACACCAGCUGGAGAGAGAGGACUCAGGGCCUUCUGACGUUGCAGCUGCAUCUGCACCUGAAAUGAUCAUGCAGCAUUCCCUUUGGCGACCCGUCAGAAACAAAGAAGGGUUAAAAACUGGAUGUGCAUCUAAAACAAGAUGUAAGUCACUGAAGAUUUUUAGAAAACCAGGCCAACUGGUCAUGCAACCAGUUUCUUCAAAUGGUUCCGAAUCAUACAUGAGUGAAGAAAAAAAGGAAGAAGAUUUACUAAAUAAGUGUAUGCAGUCAAUGUCAAUCGAAGAACAGGGAGAACAUCUGAUGUUAACUUGAUAGUCUUGUCUUGCAUAUUUAAUUUGUGCCAAAGGUGGGGGGAAAGUUGUGAAGUGUGUCCUCUCUACACUUAGGAUAGUAUUGUUAUUCACGAUUAAGUCAUUAAGUAAUUUUGCUUUGUUCAGUAACUUUUACAACAAUGUAAUUGGUCUGAUAUAGUUCCAUAUUUGUGUAAUAAAAUUUAUGUGUAGUAUAUGCUUGUAUUUCUAGCUAGAUACAAUUAAAAUGUUUCUUGUCACUUAAAA